CGGGUGUUUGGGGUCUGGACCAUGAUUGGUUGCGCCCGAGUCACGCCCCUACCCCUGUCCCCCUUCUCCCGCCUCGAAGGGGGGCGUGGAGGUAACCGAGAUCGGCUAAGGGCCAGCAUGAGCCGGAGGGAGGGAAGUCUGGAAGACCCCCAGGCUGACUCCUCAACCUCACUCCUUCCCCACCUGGAAGCCAAGAUCCGUCAGACUCACAACCUUGCCCGUCUUCUCACCAAAUAUGCUGAGCAGCUGUUCCAGGAAUAUGUGCAGCACCAAGGAGACCCCUUCGGCCUGCCUGGCUUCUCGCCGCCGCGGCUGCCGGUGGCCGGCUUGAGCGCCCCGGCGCCGAGCCACGCGGGGCUGCCCGCGGCGGAGCGCCUGCGGCUGGACGCGGCGGCGCUGGAAGCGCUGCCGCCGCUGCUGGACAUCGUGCGCCGCCACCAGGCCGAGCUGAACCCGCGCGCGCCGCGCCUGCUGCGGCGCCUGGAGGAUGCGGCGCGCCAGGCCCGGGCCCUGGGGUCCGCCGUGGAGGCCGUGCUUGCCGCGUUCGGCGUCCCGGCCAGCGGGCCACGGCCCGAGCCGUCUCCAGCUGCCGCCGCCGCCGCCUCCACGGGCGUCUUCCCGGCCAAGGUGCUGGGGUUUCGCGUGUGCGGCCUCUACCGCGAGUGGGUGAGCCGCACAGAGGGCGACCUGGGCCAGCUGGUGCCGGGGGGCCCGGCCUGAACGCAGGGUGUGGGGGCACAGCUCGCGCUGCUGCCACCCCUUUCUGCCUCCGAACGUCUUCAUUUCAUGUCUGUGUCUCUGGCUGUGUCCGUUUCUCUGUCCCUUUUUGUCUUGUUCUCUUUUUCUCUUUCUGAGCCUCCUUGUCUCUGUGUGUGACUUCCUCUGUGUCUGUCACUUUAUUGCUUUGCCCCUCUUUUGCUCCUUCUUGGAUCUGCCUCAUCUUUCUUGGUCUACCCCUUUACCCGCUCAGGGGAUCUCUUGUCUCCCCCUGGCCCAUGUGAGUGUGUCUGUAUCUCAGCCUUCUCUCAAGGAGGCUACAGAUUACAAAUCACUUCCUCCUUUAUCUUUCAUUUGUCUCUCUGUCUCCCUCUGUCUGUCCUCUCCUAGCCAGGAAAGUGUCUGCUGUGGCCUUGUGCUGGGAGGGCUACUCCAGACAAAUUUUAGUCACCUUCCCCCAGGGCCACCCUGCCUGCUGCUCCCACUCUCCCCAAUCCCAUCCCUUUGGGCCCUGCCCCCUUUCCUUUUGAUGUCCUUCCCCCCCUUCACCUCCCUCUGCCCUGUCCUUGCACCCCCCUUCCCACCCAGGUCUGUAGAGAAAAGCACACCUAAAAAAAAGUUUUAUUUCUGAGAAUAAAUUAAUUUUUUGUAAAUGUUUCAAAAUAAAAAGAAAACUGUAAAGUUACCUGUAUAUACAGUUGUUGGGAAAAUGGGGAGACAGCUUUGAGAAGAAUAGGAUCCUCAGGGUGCAGCCAGGUCCCCCCAACAUACCCAAAGGACACAAUAUAAAUAGGAGAUUAAUGAGAGCACCAGGACCAGGGACACCAUCAGUCCAAAAUAGGAAGUGGAUGUGUCCUGAGCAGAAAACAAAUAUGGUAUGAAGUCCUUAGAGCUUCAAGAAUUGGACUUCUAUUGAUCAGGAAGUGAAGCCCCUUGAGACAGGAAGUUAGAGCAGUGGCCACGAGCAGAGAGGUAGACUAUGAGAGGAAAUGAGCUCCUCCAGAAGGAAGAAAGGAGGCCUGUCUGCUCAGAAAGGUCAUAUCUUCAUACAGGAAGUGAGGUAGAUGAAGAUGGGAACUCAGCCCCUAGAAGAGGAAAGACUCAGGGGGAGCUUAGGAAGGAAACCAACUGUCCUCUCCCUGUAGAGUAGGAAGCAAGGUCUCUUCAGAGAAAUACUUUUUUCCACCCAGAAAGUGUGCAACCUGUACCACUGGAUUUGUAAUCCAGGAGAUGGUACCACUGGAGAUCCACCCACUUCUGGAAGGGAGGCCAUAGGACCUGGACAGGAAGGCCCAAGCAAUAGGAGAUUGAGGCCUGGCUUAGAGAGAAUCGUCCCAAAGACGUGGCACGUAAGUCCUGUCUGCUACAAAAGAUUGCCUCUUUCUCUAGCCAGCAAGCAAGACAGACUUCAGUCCAUUGUGAAAAGGCAGAGUGUUGCAGCCUCUGACAGGAAAUCCCACCUCCUCUAUUCUGGGUAUUUGGCCUUGAGCAGAGCCAAGUCCCUCACUGCUCGGUCUGUCCAGUGGCCAUAUUCCCGGGUCACUACAUAGCCCCGACAUUUCCUCUCAAAUGCCGAGGCCCCAAACCGGACAAGCCCGAGGGUGUCCUCUUCUGGGGGAAUGGGAAGACCCAAGGCAGUCAUGAUGGCAGCCAUGUUACCCAGUAGGCCCUGGGCCCGGAGCCUUGCAGCCCUAAGCUGGGCCAGCAGGAUGGGACUGUCAGGGUUCAAGUCUGUCUGGUCGUCCCCAACAAGCUGGAGAUGCUGGGUCAAGGCCAAGAAGGCUCCCUGGGCACGGCUCAGCCGUUCUGCAUCUUCCAGGGCAUGCCAGAUCUUGAAGGAGACAGCUGCAGAAGGCAGACUGCUGAGCUGGAGCUCAGGAGCUGAGAAGCCAGGGUCACUGAAGGGGCUGCCCUGGUACUGGAGCUGUAUGAGGGACAGAGACAGGUGGGAGUGAUGGGGCCCAGGAGUGCCCCAGAGCUCUGACUUCACAUCUGCCCUCCAUGAGACUGGCAUCUUCUCAGAGGGAGUCACCAUCCGCCACCCCUCAGGGAGUUGGUGAGAUGUUGUAGUAAAGAGCCUGGGCACUGCAGUCCAAGAGAAUUAGGUUCCAGUCCUGCCUCUUCUGCAUACUAGCUGUGCAGCUUUGAAUCACGAGCUUUUUAAUAAUUCUCACUUUGCAUUAUUAUUGUAAGGAGCCUGGGUGGCACAACAGUUAAAUACUCCACUGCUAACUGAAAGGUUGGUGGUUUGAACACACCCAGUGGCUCCUAGGGAGAAAGACCUGGCAAUCUGCUCCUGUAAAGAUUAUGGCCUAGAAAACCCUAUAGGGCAGGUCCCCUUUCACAUGUGGUUGCUAAUAAUCUAAGUCUACUCGACGGCACCUAACAACAACAACACUAUUAUUAUCGUGAAGAUGAUAAGAAAUUAUAUAUAUACAUCUGUGGGUGUGUAUCAUACAAUAUAAAGCAUUUAGCAUAGCACCUGGCGUGCAAGAAGGGCAUGAUAAACCGUCAUUAGUUACUAAUACAAUAGUUCUAUUAAUAUCAAUUGACAGUAUGAUUACAUUAUUUAUGAUAAUAUUUUCCAUCCAAGUGUAUCAUUGACAAUAUAGUUACAGCACUAUUUUUUUAUUUAUAGCACCGGAUUGUUUAUGUUUGUUAAUUUUAUUAUAAUCAUUAGUGAAUAAUUGUUAACCUUAUUAAAUUUAGUUGAGGGCCUUCUCCAUCCAAGUUUUUGCCUCCACAGACUUAGACUCACAGAAUCUUAGUGUAGGGUGAUAGGCCCCUUCACUGAUCGAUUACCUAGUCACACACCUGCAUUUUACAGAUGGGAGAACUGAAGCUCAGAGAGGGGCCAUGCUUUGCCCAAGACCAUCCAGGGAAUAGUGGCAGAUAUAGGACUGGAGGAUCCCUGGUGGUGGUGUGGUUAAAGAGCUUGACUGCUAACCAAGAGAUUGGCAGUUUGAAUCCACCAACUGCUCCUUGGGAAUCCGGGGCAGUUCUAAUCUAAUCUAUAAGGUCGCUAUGAGUUGGAAUCGACUCAUCGGCAACGAGUUUUUUUGGUUAUGGGACUAGAACCUGGAUUUAAUAAUUUCACACGACCCUAGAAUAUACUACAGUGGAAGAGUCACCAACUCCAGGGUCUCCAGGGGCCAGACAGAUCGUGUAACUGGGAGAAGAAAGCAAGAUUAAGAUGGGGGGGAGGGUAGGAGCUUUGGCCAAUAGGAUCCCUGCAUCUGUUUUAGGUAGACGUUCAUAUUCAAAAGUUGAACAAGCACCGAGCGGGCCAAACUAAAAACAUCUGUAGGUCAUACCCAGCCAGCAAGCUGCCAGUUUUAACUUUGAAAGAGUGAGAGGGGUAAAUGGCAGGGUGUCCCACGGACUUGGUGUCAAAUCCUGGCUCUGCCAAUUAUUAGCUGUGAAACUGUGGGCAAAUUACUCACCCUCUCUAAGACUCAGUUUUCUCCUCCGUAAAAUGGGCCUAUAAUUCCACUUCUCUGAACUCUUUGAGGUGUCAAUAAGAUAAUGGGGCUAGCAUGGCAUGGGGCUCAAGUAAGCACACAGCAUGAGGUGGUUAUGGAAAUAAUUAUUAUGACCAUGUAAAGCCCUUCCCUCUGUGUGCUUUCCUUUAAACAUUGCAACACUCCUGAGAGGUCAGUAAAGGUAGGAUCACCAUCACAUUUUACAGUUGCAAAAGCUGAAGCCAAGAGAAGAGCAAUGACUUGCCCAAAGUCAUGCAGCCAUCAGUGACAGCAUUCGUGUAGAUAUGUUUCUAGUUAAUAGAGUCUCUGCCCUCUUGGACUCUCAGGGGAGCCUUAUCUUGGGCUUCCUGUGUUUCCUCUACCCAGGGCUAGGCCAGGAGGGCAGUGUCCCUCUCCCUUGUCGCCCGUUCAUGCCCAGCAUCACUCACGUAAGUCUGCAGCAGCGUUGAUGUGUUCUUCUGCAUGUAGAGGGCCAGACUAUAAGCUUGACUGAUGGGCUUGGCUGGGGAGAUAGGAGCCGCUGAACUGAGGGGUGGCAGCAGCAGGGUCAGCAGGCAGAGGGGAGCUGGCAGAGGAAACCAGAGGUCAGCACCAAAUUCCUGAUCCUGCCUGUGGAUCAGUUCAUUCAUUCACAUUCAAUUCAUUCACAACUCAAAUAAGUAUAGCCCUUGUUGCCUACAAUGAAUUUGUAGGCCUAAGUCAGGGUAGAAUCACCCUGUAGGUGGAAUAUUUCUAGACCAGAAUGUUCCCCUGAACUCCAGAUUGAUGUAUUCAGCUUCCUACUUGACACUUUCAGAUGGAUAUGAACAAGUAUCUCCAACUCCACAUACCCAAUACUCAGCUCUGAAUUUCCCCGCCACCAGCCCACUCCUCCCCCAAUCUUCCCCGUCUCAGAUAAGGGCAGUAGCAUUCUUUCGGCUGCUCAGGCCAAAACCACCGUCUUCUUUGGCUCCUCAUUUUGUCUUAGUCUUCACAUCCAACCUCACAAUGAAUCUUGGUGGCUCUACCCUCAACAGGCAGCCAGUCCAGACCUUUGUUUCUUGAUCAGAGUGCUCAUUACAAGGGUCUGUUCACUUUGAAAAUUCAUUGAGCUGUAUACUUAUGAUUUGUGCACUUUUCUGUAAAUUUGUUACUUCCAAAACCAAAAAGUUUUAAAAGACACAUCUAGAAUCUAACCACUUCUUCCCGUCUUUACACUGCUGCUACCUCGGUCUGAGCCACCAUCAUCUCUAGCCUGGACAUGGCAGUAGCCUCCUCCCUGGUCUCUCCACUUCCAUACUUGCCUCUGCCCCCACCUCCCCACACACCUGAAUCUAUUCAUAUCCUUCCUCUGUUCAAACCCUCUCAUGGCUCCCCCCUUCACUCAGUAAAAGCUAU